CUGGGCUGUAGCUCUAGCCCUGCUGUGUCUGGGUCUCUUUGGUCUUUGGCUCUGACUUCUUGACUUGGCUGUGAAGCUGCUCCCCGAGAUGUCUUGUCCUCAUUAUCCUCAGCAGGUCUUAUCCUAAAGUAAUUUCCCAACAUUGUUCUUGGGAGUGUGCCUAAGGAUUUAGACUUCCAGCUGCUCUCUCCUGACCUGGCAGCUUCUCAGAAACAAGGGACAGAAGAGAGAAGAUUGAGAAACAUGGACCUCCACAGGAUCUGUUAAGUAAUGGACCUUCAACUGGGAAUUCAGCAAUUCAUGUCUUUGCACAGUGGAACGUAAAGCCAGAUUUGUGUGAAUGAGGAUCUGUUCAUGUGUACUUUACCUAAACACAACUGGAAAGAAAGCAGGCAACUCAUGAAACAGGUGGAUAUUUGCUGUUUUCCACUUAAGCAAUAGUGGGAAUAGCAUUAAAUUUCAGACAUAAAUUGGUCAAAGGCAAAACAGAGAUACCAGCACUUACAAGUGAGCAUCAGUUUUAUACUGUCAUUAAAGUGAAGCUGGAAUCAGAUGGAACAAGCUGCAAACUGGGCAUGUGCAGACUCUGCCCUCUCCUGUAUUUAAAUGGAAGCCGCUGCUGCUGCCCUUUGCUGAGCUGAUGGACUGAAGCAAUCUGAAGCUCUAGUGAGAAACUCUGCACUGCAUCUCACACCAUUCCAAAGAAUCCAAUAACCUGCUUCACACACACAAAGGUAAAGUGGCUGGCUUAAAUUCAGAGGACAGCUCUUCUGUCUUGGUUUUUGCUUAGAUUUUGUUCACCUGAAUAAUCAGCCCAAUCAGAAGAGGAUCUUUUUUUCCCUCUGAGGACACCAAGAGCACCAAAACUGUGGAGUCCCACAAUGCAUGGAAUGACUCAGAAGCCAAUGCCUACACACGGAUGGAUCUGCUUCUUAGAGCCCCAACAGGUGGAAAUCCCCAUAAUUUCUGUAAUAAUCUGAAAGUGCAGUGGAGUGCUUAUGUAAAUGUUAAAAGAGUUACGUGCAGUUGCCCAAGAAAGUUUUUUGGAAGGUUUUCUCAGAAGAUGACAGUGCAAGAUGCUCCUCGUGCCUUUCCCACAGUGGAUGUUCCAGACCAUGCCCAUUAUACAAUUGGAGUUGUCAUCCUUCUAGUGGGGAUUACAGGAACUCUGGGUAAUUUCCUGGUCUUCUAUGCUUUCUGCAGGAGUAGGAGCCUUCAGACUCCAGCCAACAUACUCAUCAUCAAUCUAGCUGUUAGUGACUUCCUGAUGUCCAUUACACAGUCUCCAGUAUUUUUCACCAGCAGCCUCUACAAACACUGGAUUUUUGGUGAGAAAGGCUGUGAGCUGUAUGCCUUCUGCGGAGCUCUUUUUGGCAUUACAUCUAUGAUCACUUUGAUGGUGAUUGCCUUGGACAGAUAUUUUGUCAUCACUAAACCUCUGGCUUCUGUUGGAGUGACGUCAAAGAAGAAGGCCCUAAUAAUCCUGGUAGGAGUCUGGCUGUACUCUUUGGCUUGGAGUCUCCCACCCUUCUUUGGAUGGAGUGCAUAUGUUCCUGAGGGUUUGCUGACUUCCUGCUCCUGGGACUACAUGACUUUCACCCCAUCAGUCCGUGCCUACACCAUGCUGCUUUUCUGCUUUGUCUUUUUCAUUCCUUUGAUUGCUAUCAUAUACAGCUAUGUCUCUAUCUUUGAGGCUAUCAAGAAGGCCAACAAGUCUAUUCAGACAUUUGGAUGCAAACGUGGAAAUAGAGAGUUCCAGAAACAGUAUCAGAGGAUGAAAAAUGAGUGGAAGAUGGCCAAAAUUGCACUGAUCGUCAUUUCGUUUUUUGUCAUUUCCUGGUCACCAUACUCUGUUGUUGCUCUGGUAGCUUUUGCUGGGUAUUCCCAUGUCCUAACACCAUUCAUGAACUCCAUACCAGCUGUGAUUGCCAAAGCUUCUGUCAUCCAUAACCCCAUCAUUUAUGCCAUCACUCACCCCAAAUACAGAAGAGCCAUUGCAAUGUAUGUUCCUUGCCUUGGGCCCCUACUGAGAGUUUCUCCUAAAGACUCACGGUCCUUCAGCAGUUACCACUCCUCCAGACGAGCGACCGUAACCAGCCAGUCUUCUGAGAUAAGUGGGCUGCAGAAAGGAAAAAGGAGACUGUCUUCUCUCUCUGACAGUGAAUCAGGCUGUACUGAAACAGAAACUGAUACUCCCAGUAUGUUCUCCAGACUUGCCAGAAGACAAAUUUCCUACGAAACAGAUAAAGACACAACUCAGACUAGUGACAUAAGAGCCAAAGUGACAAGCCAGGAUUCUGGGAAUUGUGGGAAGACAGCUGUAGAUGCUGAUGACAUAUUGAUGGUGGAAUUGAAUGUCACAGAGUACAUGGCUACACCUACUCAAACAUCUAAAGCAUGCAGCUUGGAGGAAAUCAAGGUCAGUUUUUGAAAUAUGCCAUGUCACCUAUUCAGUAAGAUGUUGCUGUAUUAGUGUCUGUUUCUUCUUCAUCUAACACAGCUACAGCAUAUGGGUAAAAAUAUCUGACAUCUCUCACGAGUGAGUCAACUUGCCUUAAUUCUCAUCAGACAUGGAAAUAAAAGCAAAGAGCUGACAGAUGAAAACAAGGCAGUGCUAAACCCAAUGUAAUACAAUCACCUUAAAUUGUCUCUUUAUUAUUAGCAAUGAUCCUUAUGAGCUAUUGUGAGCCUCAUCCUCACUGAUUUUUUGGUACUGUGCAAGUGACAGCUAACACUGCUUAUUGUCAAAAAAUGCUAGUUAAUCUUUCCCUCAAUUUUUACCUCAUUAUGUAGUUUGCUUCCCCCUUCAAAUUAUCCAUGCUGUUAACACUGCACUUUACAUCACCUCUUGCCCAAUGACCCUAAGUAGACCCUCUUUAUGGAGAAACUCUUUACCCAAUUGAAUUCAUAGGCUGUCUGAGCAUAUUCACAGUAUUUCUGUUCAUAGCUGAAUGUGCUGUCAUUAGCCUGGUCUUUCUUCAAAGCAGACCAACACUUAAGUAGCAAACGCAAAGUCUUUAAUGCUUUAGUACAUUGGCUUGUUUAACAGGGUUGGUUUUGGGUUUUUUUUUCAUAAGUUAUUAAUUAAAUACUUUUUAAAAUGUUCAGAUCUACUUUUUCCUCCAGCAUUUAAGUUUGCUUUUCAGUCAGCCAUGGGGAGUAGCAAAGUGUUAAAUAUAUGUCAUUUUUAAUAGAUGACUCAAUGAGAUCUCCUUGUAGAUGUUUGUGUUGUCCAUUUCUUGUAAAUCUUUGCAUCCUUUAGAAAAGUACAAGCCUGAACAAUAUUGGACAAAGAAAAGGAGAGUCUCUCCAGGGAUCAUCUUCAGCCCAGAUACCCAGUAUUACAAUAACAUGCAGCAGUGUCCAAGGAGUAGAGCUGCCUUCUAGAUACAACUCUGGUUUCCUGUACCCCAAAUCCAGCAGUCACAAGCAGAACAAGAAGUCCAGCAGUUGAGUGGUGCAAGACAGAAUAUCACCUCAGCCAACAGCUCUGGAACAGCUGUGGACUGUCUGAAUUCAGAAUACCUUCCUAGAUUGGUCUGAAAU